GCGUAGAAGUUUACUUCCGGAUGACCAAGAUGGCUGCAAUGAAUGAUGGUGGAGUGUUACCAGCUGUAGGUGUAUUGAAAUUAUUAGUGUACUGUUUUUCGUGGUUUCAUCUCUGCCAUGGUCUCUAUUUCCAUAUUGGCGAAACGGAAAAAAAGUGCUUUAUCGAGGAGAUUCCGGAUGAAACUAUGGUUAUAGGUAAUUACCGAACACAGCUAUAUGAUAAACAAAGAGAAGAGUAUCUUCCUUCCACACCAGGUCUUGGAAUGUUGGUAGAAGUCAAAGACCCAGAUGAUAAGGUCAUUCUAUCUCGACAGUAUGGCUCUGAGGGCAGAUUCACCUUCACAUCUCACACACCAGGAGAACAUCAGAUCUGUUUGCAUUCAAAUUCUACAAAGUUUUCGCUCUUUGCUGGAGGCAUGCUGAGAGUUCACCUGGAUAUCCAGGUGGGAGAGCAUGCCACAAACUACCAGGAGAUUGCAGCCAAGGACAAACUCAGUGAACUGCAGCUGCGAGUGCGCCAGUUGGUUGAACAGGUGGACCAAAUUCAGAAGGAACAGAAUUACCAGCGGUGGCGUGAGGAACGCUUCCGUCAAACCAGUGAGAGUACCAACCAGCGUGUACUUUGGUGGUCUAUUAUUCAGACAUUUAUCCUUGUCAUUAUUGGAGUUUGGCAGAUGAGACAUCUCAAGAGUUUCUUUGAAGCCAAGAAACUCGUAUAGAACGUAAUCAGCAAUGGCAGUGACUGCAUUGUGUUUGCUGACUGAAUGUACCUAGCCACACUUGAAAAAGAACUUGACUCUUCAGGACUAGAGCUGCAACAUAUUGUACCUUCAUCAUAUUACUCCUCCUUUCCUUAUUUCCAGCUACGCUGCUCAGACUGUGCUUAGACUUGUAGGAUCUACAGUUAUUUGUGGGGUCUCUGUUUGCAUACUGUUUUUGUAUUUUUUUCCUUUCUGAUGGUAAUUUUGAAUGGGUGCCUGCAGUAAGAACCUUGUAUGUAGGAUUAGUUGGGCUCAACCUAUGAUUUGUUUUCAUCCAGGUAUGCUGGAUUAGAAUAAUUGUGGCAUUAAUCAUUUUAGUGUUGCAGAACUCUUGGAAUUGGGGUGUUGAUAUUUACAUGCUGCACAAAUUCAUGUGCAUGUUUGCAGAGUCUCUUCCUGUUGUAGUAAUUUGACAGAAAACAUUGGUAGCUACUCCCACAUAACUUUAGAAGAGAUUUGCAGAUGGGUGUUGUGAGAAAUUGAAUACAGACCUGUUUUAGUAGUACUUUUGGGGGCUUGUGAAGGUAGAGGUGCACUUGAUGUGGGCCCCAAGUGUAGCUUUAAGUGGAAUACCAAAAGUUAUCAUUUGAAAGAUUUGGUGUGCAUGUUUUUUUUUUAUUUUUUUUCCAUAGCCCAAGGGUGGUCUUUAAAAUGGAACAGUGUGUGUGUUUAUGUAAAUAAUUUGCUGAUCUGUAGCUGCUGCUUUCUUUUCCCUGUGGAACUUAGCCUGUGAUUAUUGGAAAAUGUCUCUCCUCUCCCUGAAGAUUGAAGAGAAUUUCACUGGUCAUUCAUAGUGUAAAUCUUCAUUUAUCACAUGAUGUGCAUCAUCUCUUGGUCAAAGAGCUGUACUUUGUGGUGGUUAACAGGCCUAAGUGAGAGAGCUGAAACUGUUGACAAUUUUCUGGUAUAUUUUUAUGCUUAUAGUGACUCUAGCUAGUCUUGAAUAAAGUUGAACAUGUGGCCAGUGAUUACUGAACAGAAAUAAUAAAACUAGCCAUUUGGAAGCAAGACCUGUGCAGCCAGAGCAAUCUCUCUACAUUUUGACUGGUCUUGCCUUACUAUUUUCAAGUCCAAGGCUUCGUUUUUAAAGUACUGAGGUCUGUUCACACCCCCCCCCCCAUACACACAUUUUAUUUUCUAUAUGUGAUGCAGGUUCACAUAGGAACCUUGUAGUUUUUGCAAAUGUUUAUCUGUAGCUGAUAAAUACUAAAACAAAAUGUUUAAUCACUGAGUGACUAUCCUCAGCAUUUUUGGGAACAGUAUAAAGUGAUUCUUGCAGGAGGCAUGAGAAAGUCUGCACUUAUCUUUGUAGUGAACUUCUGCAGGGCAUACAAAUGCUUAUAGAAGACUGAAGCACCCCAACUUGCUUUUGUUAGCAUGAAAAAUCUCUGUCCAGUGCUAGCUUGUAUUAUUAUUUUAGAGUAUGCUGGAGGGCCACUGGCUUUGUUAUUGCACCUGAGCAUUUCUUGCUCUCAUUUGAUUUUUUUUUUCCCCAUUGCCUAUUCAGUGAAAUCAGUCUCCUGAUUUACCUUUUGAUGUUUAACCAGUAAACAUAACGUACUUAAUGAGCACCUCUUUUAAGUUAAGUAAUUGGUUGUGAAAUACUGCCCCCAAUCUGUUAGCUUCUUAACUUUUUGAGACUGCCCCAAAAAUGGGUGGAACUUUUGAAUGCAUCUCAUUUCAGCAUGUCCUUUUUCCCCGCACUGUAUGAGUAGAAUUAGGGUCCUUUUUGUGUUCCAAGACUGCGAGUUCAGUCCUUAGAAGUGAGAGACUUUAAGUGCAGGUGGGGAAACGUGUGCUAUCAGAACUUGCUGUGUCACUGCAUAUUUCAUCUUCUCAGAAGUACAGCAAUCUUGUAUUUCAUCUUCUCAGAAGUACAGCAAUCUUGUAGUCACUAUAUUUAAAUAGUGGGGGCAUGGAUGAUACAGGGAUGCUUGCCACUCUUGAAAAUAAUGCUUUUAGUGUAUAAGAGCAUGUUUUUCUUGUCUUUUAUUUUAAGAAGAUUUCAUUUUUUUUCACAAUUUCGGGGCUUAGAGUUGCCUCGACUUCAUUUUUGCUGCUGGUGGAAUUGUUUGGUAUCUUGACAAAUCUGUGUUUUUCCAGAAACAUGUUCUUUAUUCACCCCAGUCCCAUGGAGUUUUACAGAUGAUUACUUUGCAUCUUUUGCCUGAUAAGUUUUAUUUAGUAGUAACUGUUUUCCUGAUGUUUAGAAGUCAUCUUGCAGAAGAAUUUGUUGAUUUUCUGAGGCAAGUGCACUGCAGUUCUUUUGCAGGACUUGGGUUAAGUAUGUGGUACAGAAUUUGAAACUGGUCAGGCCAUUUACAGUACAUGGCUGAUUUUUUUUCCCUGUUUUCACUGUAGAUUUUUUUAUAUGAAUCAAUGUUGUGAAUCGGUGUGCCAUGCCUAUUCAUAAAUAUUCAUGGUGUCCAUUUCAGUAUUCUUUCAGUCUUGCUUUAGUGCCAUCCGGAUUUCGUCUGGCAGAAAUAAUAUAGUUUGUACAACUUUUCUUUCCUUGCAGGGGAAAGGGGGGCAGCUCCUCCAGUGGUCUUACAGCUCUUUUUCCUUAGAUCACAGAAUUCCAUGUUGAAACUUGGUCACCAGCAAAGCAGGCAUUACCUUGACUUUCAUACUGUGUAAUUUUUUAAUUAUUUUAAGUACUUUACUGAUGUAAGGAAAUGUUUUUGUAAAUGUUGGGAUACAGUUUAAUGUUUAAACAGAGUGCCAGUAUUUUUAAAGCUUGGCAAUUUUCAGCUAAUAUGGUAGUCAGACUAAUUUGACUUGCUAUAUGAUGAUGAUGAUCUCUCCUAUUAAAUAAUAGCAGUAUCCACGAAAGUAUUAUAGUUUGUUUCAUCCUUUAGGAUGACCUCUUUUUGCUAUCAACUAGAGGCUCUUUUUGCUGUCAACUAGAGGCAAACUAAAGACUUCCUGUUCCUCAUGAGUGAUUGAUUCCUAUGUCAAGAACUAUCAGGUUAUAUUAAGAUUAUUAUAAAUGUCUGUAAAAGGUAGAUAAUGCAUAUUUUAUGGGUGGUGCUGUUUUAAUAAUUAUAGUCUGCAUUUAUAUAAGUUUAUCAAAUUAAAAUAAAGUUGCUGGUCUUGACAUGGGAAUGGGUCUGAAACCAUGCAUCAUCCCAAUACUGUGUAGUGAUAAAUAAUUCAUUGCCCAGCAAUAAUUUUUUCUGGCACUUUUUGUUGCACACUAGUGCUCACUGUUUCAAAUACUCUGUUCUGUUGUACUAUUCUCAGUAGGUGACAGAAACUGGCUUAUGAGUCACCUAAGAAAAAAGCAGUUUGUUACUUGGACGGGGAAGUGUUAUAUUUAAACCCACAGCGAAGGCAUAUUUUCAUUGUCCUCUGAAGUUACUGAUGGUCAUAUACACUGUGGAGAUUAAUCAAUUCAGAUAUGCAGUAAUUUUACUCCAAAGUGACAUGCAUUGAAAAAUGUUCUGCAGUAAUAUUUAAAUUUUUAAAUAAAAUGUUUCUUUUAUUA